AUGAAAUCGUCAAUACCUGCAUUGCGCUGCCGCUGCAGCAGCUCGACUCUGCAGUCGGCCGGUAUACGCCCACGCCGCUAUGCAUCUACCACCACCAGGAACUCCUCCUCCUCCGCUUCCUCCCCCUCAAAGCCAACACCUCCACCGACUAGGACUCGCUGGCUAGCAAUCGCGUUCGUCAGCGUUGCAGCUGCCAGUGCAGGCGCCUAUCUUCGAUCUCAGUCUUCCGAUCCUUCCAGUCUUAACCCAGACACCUUCACCAAGUACAGCCUCGUCUCACGAGAGCCCGUCUCCACCUCGAGCAGUCUGUUCACUCUGCGGCCCAAAUACCACAACAGCAGCAACUACGACAUCUACGAGGAAGCAUGGCGGUCGGGGGUAUGGAGUGUGAUGUUCAAGCAACCCCAGCUGCAAAUCGGCCGCGAAUACACUCCACUGCCGACAACGGCCGCGACCGGGUUGUCGGUCGACGAGGAAAAUGAAGGAUACCUGCGGUUCUUCAUCCGCAAAGAUCCCUUUGGGGAAGUGUCAAGGUAUUUGCACACUCUCGAGCCGGGCGCGGAUAUUGAAUUGCGCGGGCCCAAGAUUGAGUGCGCAAUCCCGGAGGAAACCCGGGAGAUUCUGUUCGUCGCGGGCGGGACAGGAAUCGCGCCUGCGUUGCAGGCGGGAUAUUCGCUGCUCAAUCGGACAACGAGGGAGAAUCGUCCCAAGAUCCAUAUCAUCUGGGCUAGUCGAUUGAGGGCGGAUUGUCUAGGCGGGGUCAGUGAUACACCAAAGACUGCGGCGCAAUCAUCGGCAAGCCGAUCAUGGUUCUCGGGUUGGUUCGGUUCGUCAUCCAGUGCUGAAAAGGCCGAAGUGGUUGCGACGGCAUCUCAGCAGCAAGAGCCUUCUUUAAUCGUGCGGGAACUGGAAGCGCUCAAGUCACAGUAUCCCGGGCAGGUAACGGUGGACUACUUCUUGGACGAGGAGAAUCGAUUUAUCGGCAAGAGUGAUCUGGCUCGCUUUAUCAAGCCCGUCAGUGGAGGCGAGGACCAGGACAUUCGCAAGCUGAUUCUGGUCUCUGGCCCUGAGGGUUUCAUCAGUUAUAUGGCCGGUCCCAAAGUGUGGGCGCAAGGCACAGAACUUCAGGGUCCUUUGAAGGGGAUCAUCAAGGAGCUGGAUCCUAAAGGUUGGGCGGUUUGGAAGCUGUAA